UCAUCAAUUUCGAUCAUCUUUUGUAACAAGUAUCUUUAUCAAUAUUAUCAUUUUAAUAGUGGUACAUUGUUGAUGGGACUUCACUUUGUAUUUACAGCAAUUUUUAGUUUUGCUCUCUCGCAAGCACACAAAUUCUUUCCUCAGUACAAGGCGUUGGAAAAUUUCAAGUUGAAGAAGUUGGAUUGGCAAUCAGCCGCUCUUAUGGGCUUGUUGUUGGCUCUUUCCGUAGUUUUUAAUAACUUGAGUUUACAGUUUAAUACUAUUGGUGUUUAUCAACUUUCCAAGUUGGUCAUCAUGCCAACAAUUCUCGGAUUGUCAUACAUCUUGUACAAGGAAACAGCAUCAAAACAAUUAUUAUUAUCUGUUUUAUUAAUUAUUAUUGGUUUAGCUAUUACUGUCACUGCCGAAGUUAAGAUUACAACAUUUGGUCUUUUCACUUGUGUACUUGCUAUUGCUGCAACUGCUGUUCAACAAAUGCUUCUCCAAAAGAAGAACAAGGAAUUGAAUGCUAAUCCAUUCCAAUUAUUAAUUUAUCAAGCUCCAGUUGCCUCAUUGAUUGUUCUUAUUUGUUCGCCAUUCCUUGAUGUUGAUUGUUUGCUUAGUAGAGGUGAAUUAACAAAGAGGUUCAAGUUCUUUGUCAUUCUCUCUUGUUUCAUUGCAUUUUAUGUUAAUUUGGGAAGCUUUUUGGUUAUUGGUAAACUUUCAGCAUUGACUUAUCAAGUUGUGGGCCACUCCAAGACUAUUGUCAUUAUUUAUGUUGGAUCUUUGAUUUUCCAAACACCACUCAACUGGUCACAAUUUUUCGGUGUUGUUAUUGCCUUAGGUGGUACUAUUUAUUAUUCCUAU